AUGGUGCACCCGCAACACAUGCAUGAAGAAACUACAAGAAACACUUCAAGAGAACAAAACCAUAAACGAACCAAGUUUUUCAUAAACGACAACAUUGACAUUCUACGAGAAAUCCUCAAACGCCUCGACGGUCCCUCACUCGGUGUCGCAUCCUGCGUGUGUCGUCUAUGGUGUAACCUAACGACCAAAGACGAUUCCAUCUGGGAGCAUCUCUGCUUUCGCCACGUGUCCACUCCACCUCCGGCGAGCAUUCGGCCUGUCGUGGUGGCGCUGGGCGGUUACAAGAGGCUUUACAUGGUUUGCGUAAGGCCGGUGCUGAGUCGACUCGGUGAGUCGGAGCGAGUGAGGAAACGAGUUUGGACUCGGCAUGAGGUUCAGCUUUCGCUUUCUUUGUUUUGUAUUGAUAGUUACGAGAGACUUGCUGCUGGGGGAAUGAUUGCCAGUGACGCGUCUGCAUCGUCGCUCAUGUUCCUCUGUAACCCUAUCAACGUCUGA